UAUUAUGUGCCUCUUUCCUGCAGAGCAGAAAAAUGACAACACCCCAUCUCUUUGCUUAUCUUACUUUUUACAGCAGCUAUGGUCCAGAUUCCAGCGUGCUGUAAACUGUUGAUUAAAAUGGGCACAGUUGCUAGAUAAAAGUAAAUGAACUUGAUGCUCCUGAUUACUACCAUUGUGCUGAAGUAUUCUGAAAUGAUUCUGACAUAUAGGAUCCAAUAUUUAUAAUAUAUACCCAAAAAUCCAAUAUUCUGAUAUAUCAUCUGAUAUUUACCCAGUGUGCGUAGCACAGGUAUUUCUCUUGAUUUCUGACAGGUUUACAAAAUGACUUGCAUUUUUUUAAGCAAUAUAACUGAAAAUAAGUGACUGAGAUCAUAAGUUCAUCAGGAACAUAUUCACUGAGGUCAGGUCAGAUUUAACAAGCCAAUUUUCCCAUAGACUUCCAUAAGCCUGGAAGUGUUUGCAACCAAGGCUAUUGCCAUCUGUUGGCUUUUUAAUUAUCAGAUAUAUGCUAAUUAGUGCUUGUAGAGACUAAUAAAAUACUAGAAUUUCACUCAACAAAACUGAAGAACAAACGUCUUGGAUAAGUUGUAUCACACAUAAAGACACAUUAUUAGUCAGAUUAUUCCAUUAAAAUGCUUCAAAAUGGGCCAACACCACAAACACAGUGGAGAUGAGCUCAGUGACUCAGUAGGGAGGUCAGGCAGUUGGCAGUUCUCAAUCACCUGCAAAUUUCUCUAAAUCCAUCACCUAACAGAAUUGAGGGUUUGUUUGUUUGUUUGUUUGUUUUGUAAAUUAAGCAUGUCAUACUUUAUGGCUUUAUGGGGAAAAACUGUUUACAAAAUGAACACUGAAUAAGACUUAAACUAGUGACUGAGGCCAUAAACUUAUCAGGAAUAGGUUUACUGCGUUCAUAAAGCAGGUGAACUAAAGCAAGGUGGCCCCUUGCUGCCAUAACAAACAAUACUGGUUUAAUGCUGUUCCACACUGGCUUCCAUUUUCAGAUUUGGAAACUAUGUAUAACUUUUCUAUACAGCAUAUGAUCCACAGCAUAUUUAUGCCAGGACAGAAACCUGACAACACAUUUUUUAUUCUACAUAUGUUCAAACAGUACCUGAAACACACUUCACAAUGUAUAACAUGUGUUAGAAAAUACAUAUUAAUAAUCAGUAAAGAUAACUGUGGAUAAAAAUGCAUUCAAAUGUUUAAUUUAAAAUAGAGACAGUCAUGUAAAAAAAAAAAGAAAAAGACAUUUUUCACAGGUCUCUAAUGCAGUUCUGUGAAGGACUAAGUAUCCUUACGGCUUCCAUGGUAAGUAGCAGCUAGGUGCUCCUAAUCUGAUGCAAUUGAUUAAUUGAUCAUCACUAAGUGUGAGCAUCUCUUCCAAGAAGAUUUAGCAUUUUCCCGGUCGGAGCUUUCAAGUGUUAACACAGCGCCACGUUCUUCCCAAGAGUGGGCACCUCAGUAAAUUCGACCCAAGGUCAGACCGUGCAACGCUCAGAGAAAUAUAAAACAAACCCAACAGCUACAACUUAGACUCUACAGACCUCAGUUAACAUGUUAAAUGUAACAACUGUAAAAAGAACAUGUAUGGUUUCUUUGGAAGGAUUGCCCGGCGUGCCAUGGUCUCUUAAAAGAACAUGGCAGCACAUCUUAUAUUUGCAAAAUUGCACGUAAACACACCACAAGUCUUCAGGACCUUACUCAACCAAAGUAGAGAUGUUUGGUCAUAAUGUGCGGUGCCACAUUUGAAGAAAACCAAACAUGGCUAAUGGCAAAUGCCUUAUACCAACUGCCACGCAUGGUGGUGGAGGGGUGAUGAUUUGGGCUUGUUUCAGAGCCACAGGAUCCGGGCACCUCUCCUGUCACUGAGUCAACCGUGAGCGCCUUUGAAUACCAAUGGAUUCUAGAAUGCAGUGUUAUAAACUGCACCUAUUAAUAAAGACAAAGAUAAAUGAAUCUACUGAGGUAAUGAUGUUGGAGUAAUGCAUGCGUGACUUAAAGCAGGAUGCUGCCCAUGUUUCUGUCUUAAAUACCUAUGCAGCAUGACUGAGGUAAGCUAAAAUCGCUUCCGUAAACUGCACUUUGCAUCUGCUUUGGUCUGCAUUUCUGUAUCCGCCAAGUAAAUGAGCAAUGUCCGGACAUCCGCCAUCGUUUGUAGGAGAUUAUUUUAUAAUUGUUGGCUGCUGUUGCAUGAUGGGUGAUUUUAAAGUCCAACUGUUAUCUCUCAUGCACAGAGAAGAGGUCAGAGUCAACAAUAAAGUCUCUGCAGGUUGUCGGCAAACCUUCAGAUUGAUGUGGUGCAAGAAGGGAGAAAAAGAAGAUGUUUCAUGUGAGGAGCUUAGCGCUCAUUCUGCUGUGGGCUCUGCAGUGGGCUGCUGGCUCUUCAGCUCAGUCGUGUCAAGCUCCUGGGAGGAAAUGUAACUUUGUGCAAGACUGUCCAGACUGGAGUGAUGAGCAAGGCUGUGGCUACAAUGGAAAGGGGUUUGUGUGUGACUUUGAGGAUGAAGGAAUGUGUGGAUGGGCUGACACGUCGCCCAGUGCACAAUACAAAUGGGAGAGACAUCAGAGAGGGGAAACAGUGCCUGACAGUGGACCGUCCACCGAUUACACCACCGGCACAGCCAUAGGUUGGUUCAUGGGAAUCAGUGCAGUGAAUGAAGACUUGCUGCAUACUGCAGUUUUAAUCUCUCCAGAGAUUAAUCAGUCUUCAACAACGUGUCGCCUUCGCCUCAGAUACUUCCUGUGGGACUCGGGUAACACCGGUCUGGGAUCUACGCCCUUGUGGGCAUCUGUCCUCUACCCAGGUGGUGAAGAGGCUGUUGUUUGGCGUCCUGAGGCCUCCAGUGUUCGUGCCUGGAGGGAAGCUCUCAUCUUUCUGGGCCGGAUUCCCUCAACUUUUCAAAUCCGUCUUCACUCGCUGCGGUCAGUGGGACAAAGAGGAGAUGUGGCCAUAGACCAGCUGGAGUUUCUAGACUGUGCUCUUCCCUCACCAGUCCCCGGGGGAAACUGUUCAGCAGGGAUGGUGAAGUGUAACAACGAGGCCUGUGUGGAGGAGCGCCAUCUCUGUGAUGGCAGCGAUGACUGUGGUGAUGGAUCUGAUGAGCUCAACUGCACUCAAUAUGAGUCCUGUGACUUUGAGGAAGGCCUCUGCAUUUGGGACCUAAGGUCACUUUCAUCAUUGAAAUGGGUAAGGACAAAUCAGACACAGAUCACCAACACGGAUCCUCUGAAAGGACCAGGCAGAGAUCAUUCUAGUAACUCAGCAUCAGGUCAUUUUCUCUAUGUUACGGUCCCUGAUGAGGGUCUCAAAAUGGUGAUGUACACUCACCAGUUUGGGCCGAGGUCGGGGGGUUUGACGGUGUUGGUUGCAGAUAAAUAUAUCUACCCAGUGUGGGAAAGAGGUGGCUCUCUAGGUGAUCUCUGGGUAAAGGCAGAGGUGGAGAUUGUCACCAACGUCACUUUCCAGAUCCUGAUUAUGGCAGCAAUCAGAAACUUUGCAUAUGGAGGUAUCGCGAUUGACAGCAUUGUUUUGUCUCCCGAAUGCCGCUUAUCAAGCAAUAAUGCUUCUGUUGAAACAUUCCCUGGUCCCCCUAAAAAUCCAUGUGCUGAACCGGAUAAGUUGUGUGAUUUUCAUAUUGACUGUGAAGGAGCAGAGGAUGAAGCUAAAUGUGGUGAUUUCUCUUACUCUCAGGGCAGCUCUGGGUGGACUGACACCAGUCUUGGGGGUCAAGGUUGGGUACUAUAUCAAAAUUCCACAGCCCAGGAGGAGUUUCUGUAUGUAGCCAAAGCUCCAGGCCAGCAGCUGACUGAAGCCCAAACACGGACCCCCCUCCUAGGCCCCACUGGUCCCAAUUGUAGCAUGAGCUUUGAUUAUGCACUAACUGGGAAACCCAGUUAUAUUGGUGAUCUGUCCGUCAGAGUGAUCGACAGCUCAAUGGGCACGGGGCCUAAAUUGUGGGAGUUUAAUGGGAAGACUGGACCAGAGGCAGAGGAUUGGCAACACGCUGACAUACUCAUUGGAUUCAGGAAAAAUCGAUUCCAGCUUGCUUUUGAAGCUCACGCUAAGAAACUUUGUCAGUGCUCCAAUAUUAAAGUGAAAAAUGUCCAAUUUAGUGACUGUCAUGUUGACUAUUAUCCAUGGUCUCCAACAGGAUUGUCAUGUAACUUUGAAGAAGGACUGUGUGGAUGGUAUCAGGACAGCAGCGACAACUUUGACUGGACAAUGCUCAGUGGGAUGGACCAUACUAUCAGUGUUGGCAGAAGCCUUGUCGUGGACAUGAGGAGUCCAUACCUGCACGGUUUGUUUGGACGCUUAAUUUCCUUUCCACAGUCACCGGGUCCUAAAGAUUACUGCCUUUACUUCUUCUACAAAGUCUAUGGGCCAAAUGCAGGUACUCUGAAUGUGAAGCUAAUAGAUAACAAAGGUUUUGAGAUGGUCCUGUGGACCCACAGUGGAGCUCGUGGAAAUGUUUGGCAUGAAGCACAAUGCCCAGUACCGCACCAGAUCUCAAAAUUUCAUCUGAUGUUUGAAGCCGUUCGCUCUGGCUAUGAUGGACUCAUUGCCAUUGAUGAUGUGGCAUUCUUGGAGGGUCCCUGUACCAACCCAAGGAUGUGUUCCUUUGAAGGCCAACAGUGUGGGUACACCAGCUCUAGUAAAGAUCAGUGGCUCCACCGUAGCGGAUACACAUCCACAUCAAAUGGGCCCAAAUUUGAUCACACCCUGGAGACUGAACAGGGUUUCUACAUGGUUGUUAACACUGGAGCAAGCAUCCUUCCCUCAGGUAGCACCGCAGUCCUCACCUCAUCUGUUCGCCAAGGAACUACCCGUACUGAGUGUCUAAAUUUCUGGUAUCACAUGGGAGGAGUGAAUCCAGGUUCUCUUACAGUGUAUAUGAAGCCAGUGAAGGGAGAGCGGGUCAAGAUAUUUACAAACAACCUGAAUCAAGGAGAUGUGUGGCGUCAUGGCUAUGGCAACAUUUCGAGCUCCCUUGAGGACUGGCAGUUGGAAUUUGAGGUUGUCGGAGCUGGAGGGAAAGACACUUGCAUUGCAAUCGAUGACAUCUUUCUUUCACAUUAUCCCUGUGAAAAUCAAGAUUCCCCAGGUUCCAAGUGUAGUAUGGAGAGAGGCAUGUGCAGCUGGAGCAACACUCAGAACAUGACCGUAGACAAACUGGACUGGGAGCUGACGAGUGCAGAGAUGGAACAUCACUACCCAAUCCCACUUGACGACCACACUUUGGGCACAGAAAAAGGUCACUUCCUGUUCUUUCCAAGCAGCAAUCGGACAGAAGUGAGUCAAAACGCUCUACUGCUGAGCCCUCACCUGCCCCCUACUAAGGGCACCUGCCUGAAGUUCUGGCUCUAUAAAAGCCAGUCGUCGGACUGCCAGCUAAAAGUAUGGAGACUCUCCGAAGGUCGUUUCAACCCGCUGGCUGAGACUGAACUUGUUGGACUGUGGAAACGUUUUGACAUCGACAUCACAUCUACUGAGAAAUACCAGAUUGUUUUUGAAGGCAUCAAAGGUACAGCAGGUGUGGUAGCUCUGGAUGACAUCGAAUACACCAUCGGGAUCAACUGUGCUAACAAAGUCACAGAUCCAAUAAAACCCUCCCCAAACCGAAACAAUGCAGGAGGGAUUGCGGCGUCUGUGAUUGUGGUCCUUCUGCUCAUCGGCACGUUGGUCGGCCUGCUGGUUUUCUACCUGCGAACACGACAGACAUCACCUUCCUCAUUUGUUCCUGGUUUCACUAAUGAGUCUUAUGACACAGACCUCACAGUCUCUUGUAACACCAGAGAAAUGGAGGUGGAAUGAGACUCAAGGUACAAAGGUUCUGCCACCCAAAGGUGGUUUGUUGAAAAAAGGUGAUAUCACAGCAGGAGAACUACUUGUGUCACCCAUAC